AUGUGGAAAUAUGUUGCUGUGGGGCAACUGGGCAAAGCAACAGACACUCUUGAUGCCACUGGCAGUGUGGUGAUGGAGAAAGACUUUGAACACGUAACCUGGUUGGAAGUUGAGGAGAAAUUGAAAACGUUCACUGGUGACAUCAUGCAAGUUCCUCCAUUCUACUCUGCACUGAAGAAGGACGGCCAGCGCCUGUCUGUCCUGCUGAAGAAGGGCCACAAGGUGGAGGCCAAACCAGCGCGGGCUGUCACCGUGUACAACCUGACCCUGCAGGAGUUCACCGCCCCGCUCUUCACCCUGGAUAUUGAGUGCGGUGGUGGAUUUUAUGUCAGAAGUUUGGUGGAUGACCUGGGAAAAGCUCUGUCGUCAUGUGCUCAUGUGAAGGAGCUAACCCGGACCAAGCAGGGCCAGUUCACCCUGGAGGAGCACGCCCUGCAGGAGGAGCAGUGGAGCCUGGAGCACAUCCUGAGGGCCCUGCAGCCCUGCCCCGAGGCCCUCAGCUGAGCAGGAGGAGUGGCCACAUGGAGCAUCUUCUGUCAAAAAGGAGCAUGGCCGGACAAUAAGGAGAGCCUACUCCUGGCGUUCCAUACCAAAAAAAAAUCACAGCA